AUGAAGCUUUCCGUGGUUCUCCUGUUUUCCCUGGUUGCCCUCCAAGCUGCGCUGCUCGGUGUGCCAUCAGCAGAGGCUAGUGGACUGAAGGUCGGCUACUACAACAAGAAAUGCAGGGGCGUGGAGGACGUCGUCAAAGGGCACAUCAUCCGGGCUAUCAAGAAGAACCCCCGUGUUGGCGCCGCUCUUGUUCGGCUUGUAUUCCACGACUGCUUCGUUAGGGGAUGCGAUGGCUCUGUCCUCCUUGACAAAUCCGCACAAAACCCUAAGCCGGAGAAGGAGGCGAAGGCGAACAUCGGGCUCGCCGCCUUUGACAUCCUUGAGAUGAUCAAGGCAGACAUCGAGAAGAAAUGCCCCGGCGUGGUGUCGUGCUCCGAUAUACUUGUCUACGCUGCCCGUGACGCCACCAAAAUUCUCAGCAAGGGGCAUAUCAACUACGACGUCCCCGCCGGCCGCCUCGAUGGCUUUGUCUCCUUGGCAUCCCAGGCCGAUAAGGAGCUCCCGGACUCCACCUUCACCGCCCAACAGCUCAUUAAAAGCUUCGCCCUCAAGAAUUUCGACGUGGAGGAGAUGGUCAUCCUCUCUGGCGCGCACUCCAUCGGCAUGGCACACUGCUCGUCCUUCAAGGGCCGUCUCGCUGCGCCUGCAGACCAGAUAAACCCGGCCUACCGCAAGCUGCUCAACUACAAGUGCGGCCAGAGCGCCAACCCGCCCGUGGUCAACAACGUCCGCGACGAGGAGUACACCACCGUCGCCAAGUAUAUGCCAGGGUUCAAGAGCCGGGUGCGCAAGAUCAGGGACUUGUUCGACAACUCCUACUACCACAACAACCUCGCUAGGAUCGUCAGCUUCAACUCCGACUGGCAGCUGCUGACGCACACGGAGGCGCGGGGCCACGUCCAUGAAUAUGCGGACAAUGGCACGCUCUGGAACGAGGAUUUCGCCGCAUCCAUGGUCAAGCUCAGCAUGCUGCCCAUGCCGGCGGGAAGCAAGGGCGGGAUCAGGAAGAAGUGCAGCAUCGUCAGCUACUAA